AUGGAUUUCUAUAUCUAAUUUUUGCUUAUUUCGAUUUUUUUCUUUUAUUAUUGUUCUAUCUCGAUCAGCGUCCGAUCUCUCUCGAUCCGGUUCUUCUCGGCGUCACGACUAAGGAGGCUCUUUCUAGGGAAGAAUGAUUCAAACUUCACUACCACCUCCUCCAGAUGAUGUUGAUUUCAAAAGUAUUAUGAUGGAGAGACUUUCAAGAAUGGCCGCCAGAGGGGGAUUGGCGAUGGAGGAGACGCUGAAGAAGUGCUAUGCUGGCCGUGGUGUUUCAUCAUCAUGCAGCUUUGUCUAUCCCGAAGAUCCUGAUCAUCAUCUUUUCAAGCAGAAAAUUGCUGAAUACACCAAGUUUCCUCCUCGUCUACCACUGGGGGGGAUACCAACGAUGAAGCUGGCAUCAUCUCUGUGUGCUCGUCCACUACCACUGGGGAUGAUACCAUUACCACCUCCUCGUCCUCUACAUGAGAAACCAGAGCCAAAGAGAACAUCAUCUCUGUUUGCUCGUCCUCCAGUGGGGAUGAUACCCCCACCUCCUCUACAUGAUAAAGCAGAGCCGAAGAUAAUGAUGCAUCCACCACCGCCUCUACAUGAGGAACCAGAGACAAAGAGAGAAAAGCUUCAAGAAGACGAGUUUUGUGCUCAUCAUCCGGGUUUAUCUACAUUCACGAUUUGUGUGAAAACUGGUGUAGUCCUCAAGAUCACAGUGCAGUCGUUAUCCGAAACCGUGGGAAGUCUGAAAGAAAAAAUUGCAGGGGAGUUGGGAAUUCCAGCAAACCAGCAGAAGCUAUUUGGAAAAACUGGGUUUUUGAAGGACGACAACAUGCCACUUGCACAUUACGGUCUUGGAGCAGUGGAGAAGCUGAGAUUGACGUACUGAGAAUGUGGUCGGAGAAAGAGAUAAGAGGACACUCCUGUUGGUGCCUUUCUUCUUAACCCUUAAAGGUCUUCUGUUUGAAUUUAGUGGCUAAAAACUAUGUUUUGGAUUGGGGAACUCAUUUGAUCAACUCUGCUUUAUAUUCUCACUUCAUUAAACUUACUAGGAUAGUACCUGCCCUACGCUGCGGGGUUGAUUUUUUUCCUUUUUUAUUAUUAUUUUGUUGUGUUUUUUUUGUAUGUUGUUUGUAAUUUUUUCUUAAUGUGUUUGGAACUUGUUGGUAUGCAGACUAUUUUUAAUAAUUAAUUGUACUUUAAGAUAAAUAAGA